AAGAUGCUGAUGUUAAAAUGUCGGAGAUAAGUGAUGUGAGCAGUUCCAAACAUGGAGAAGUUAGCACUACUAGAAUUCAAGAGUUGUUGAAUAAAUAUGGAUCAGAUGGUAGGAAAACAAAGGCUGAAGAUAGCUGUGUAUCAAUGAAACUUCCCUUUCAAAUGACUAGAGAACGCCAACAGUCAGACCCAGUGCCAAGUCUAUCGAUCUCACUUAAUUCGGUCUGUUCUACAUCAUCUAAUAGUUCCGUGUUACCUGCAUCUUUUACGCCUGCUCCAAAUGUUGCGUCUGUCAGAACUAGACCUCCUUUGUCUUAUAGUGCUCGUAUAACUCCGCGACCUAGAAAGAUCAAUUCUGUUACAAAGAUCAAGUUUUUCGAAAAAGGUGUGCAGGCUAAUCUGAUGAAAGGAGAAAAUGAUGAAAAUACUCCACCAAGUAAUCAAGCUGCUUACAAUGCACUGAAGAAACAGGCUCAAGAAAUGGAAGCACGAUUAAAGAAAGAAAACGAAUAUUUGGUGGCACAAGUUAAAAAGAUGCAAGAACAAGCAAGCUUGAAAGCAGCAUUCUCUCCCGAUGGACAACUAAACGAUUUGAAAAAUAAAAUACAUGAGCUCGAAAAAGAGAACAAAUAUCUUGCGAAUCAAGUUAAGAAGAUGCAAGAAGCGGCCAGUUUGAAGUCUGUAUUCCCUGCAAAGGAGCACUAUAGCGGAGCUAUGGCACCAGUCACUAUUGCUGGCAACGAGUUCGAUGUGUGGAAGAAGGAGAUAGGAAAAGGAGCCUCCUGUAUGGUUUACAAAGGUGUAGAUAGAUCACGUGACGUCAUGGUGGCAAUUAAAGUGGUGAGCCUGCAAAAGCUCAAUCCUCAGAGUAAUGACGAGAUGAGGCGGGAGAUCGAACUUUUACAAAACCUGAAAAACGAGGACUGUAUUAUUAAUCUCUUUUAUCACGAGUUUAGAGUAGAGCGCUGUCGUCUGAGUAUGGUACUGGAGUUUGGAGAGACAGAUCUGCACACCUACAUGCAGCAGACGCCUUGGCUUGUAAAGUCGCCCUGCAAGCAGUCCUAUUACGAGGUGUGCUUGUUGUGGCAGCAGAUGUUGCGAGCAGUCCACUGUAUACACUCCCAUAGCAUAGUCCACAAGGAUUUGAAACCUCAGAACUUUAUGUUAGUGAAAGGGAAAUUGAAGCUGAUUGACUUUGGUAUCAGUCAAAUGAUACAAGACGAGGUUACCAGUAUGAUAAUCAAGCAACCUGAGGGCACGCCCAAUUACAUUGCACCAGAGAUGUUAUCAGGAACGUUUGGAGAUGCAGAAGCGAACGUGUUGGGAUACAGGAGUGACGUGUAUUCUCUGGGGUGUAUUCUAUUUAAAAUGUGUUUUGGCGUGACUCCUUAUCAACACAUAGAGAAAAUGCAGAUGAAGUAUUUAGCGAUAACAUCAACUGAACCUAUAAACAUUCCGGAAAAGUUACAGUAUCAAGAUAUCAGACAGAUUCUGGAAGUAUGUCUGAAGAAAGACAGGACGAAGCGAGCCACAGUUGCGCAGCUACUUAAAAUGUAGUGAAAUCUGCGAGUGGGGGCCGGGGGGGGGGGGGGGGGGGGGUAAUGUAAGUGAGAUUCAAGUCAUCUUCUGCGAGAUCUAAGUGAGAUUCAAGAGUUCAGUUUUGCGGUUUGAAGUCCCUGAGAACAAGCCAUCUUCUGAACCUGUGAGUGGGGGGGGGGGGGGCUUGAAAGAUCCAAAAUAUGUGACCAAGUUAAUUUAUUUACAGCAAGAGCAACACAAUUAUAAAAUGUGAACAAAACUUUUAUGAAACGCUGGAGAGAUCAUGAUCCCCUCCUUUUGAGUUAAUAUUACAUUGUCUUGCUUUUUGUUUAAAUUGAAUUGAAAUUUAAUUAAUCAGUUUACUUUUGAUCGGUAAAUGAUAUUUUAACUGUUUACUGUUGUUACAUUGACUUGUGUAUCAUAGCAUGGCAAUUAUUUUCUACUAUUUUUGUAAUUACGUCAA